UGUUGGUGUAGUGGUGUGUUGUCCGGAUCUACACCGGUCCCCUCAGCCGACGCCUGGUGAGUUCGGGCCAGUGCACGACACGCUUCUACAAGACAAGCACCGUCACGUCUUGUUCGUGUUUCGCGCCUCGUUUGCCCUCGCCACGAGGUUCCUGACUAUUUUUGUGAAUAUUAAUUUUUAUCAGUGAUAAUUUAAUUAAUUUAAUUAAUUAAUUAAGGUGACUGUUUUUGGCGCCCAACGUACCGAAGUUAAUUAUAUUUUUUUUUAAUUUCUUUUUAUGUUUGUGGAAUUUCGCGGCUGGUUGGACUGAGGCGCCAAUGUGAUUGUGGUUUUGUGAAAAAAAAAUUAUUUAAAAAUUGUGACACCUUAAUUAAGGGAAAAAAAUUUUUUUUAUUAAAAUUGUGACACCCGUAAGGGAGGAAAAAAUUUUAUUUAAAAAAAAAAAGUGGACUGUGACUGUGCAAAUAAAUUUUGUGACAAAAGUGAGUGGCGCCGAAAAGCGCGAGUGCUAAAAAGUAAAACUUAUAAUUUAAUUGGAGAGAAAAAAAAGGUUUUGUUAAUCCUGGGGCGGUAAAAAAGGACCGAAACUGUCACCGAGCACGAAGCUGCAGCCAUUGCUGCAUCAGUACCCCCAGCAGGAGCCGUACCCUCAGCACUUUGGACGGGGAAACUCUUCUGCGGAGGAUGACGUAGAUUUAAGGUCCACGGGGAGUGGGACGGGCGCAGACAGGGGUGUCGCGGUCCUCACGGUGUUCGCGCUGGACAGAGGGAGUUCGGGGCUGGGGGUGGUAGGGGCUCCUCCGGGCCCGGGGCUCGGGAUCUGCGGGGCCUUACCGGCGCCGACGGAGUUCGUACCGGCAUGCUAUCCUUCCUCGACGAUCGCUCUCGCAAGUCCGAUUUCUCACCCCCAGGCCCCUCACCCUCCCGCCGGGCUCGGGCCCUCUGACUCCGCGCUUACUGUCACCCCCACGAUGACUCCCACCUCGGCCUCCGCGGGCCCCAAUUCCGGGCCCAACAAUCCCGUUACCAUGAGCCAGCUCGGGACCGUCUACGCUACUAAACGCCGACGGAGAAACGGCAAAAGCCUCAAGCCUCCUCAGAAGGACGGAGUUACCAAAUCGAACCCCAGCAAGAGACAUCGCGAGAGAUUGAACGCCGAGCUCGACACUCUCGCCUCUUUGCUGCCCUUCGAGCAGAAUAUUCUUAGUAAACUCGAUCGACUCAGUAUUCUCAGGCUCAGCGUCAGUUAUUUGAGGACCAAGAGCUACUUUCAAGUUGUCAUGCACAAAGACAAGGAGGAAAACUCACAUCGAGAUUCUCACUACCGGGCCAGAGAAAUGGCUGCUUUGGCUUAUGAUCAUCACCAUUUAGAUGGAGAAAUGUUUCUUCAGGCGCUGAAUGGUUUCUUGUUGAUAUUAACCUGCGACGGGGAAGUUUUUUUCGCAACGCACAGCAUAGAAAAUUACCUCGGAUUCCAUCAGUCCGACAUCGUUCAUCAGAGCGUCUACGAAUUGGUUCACAGCGAAGACCGAGAGGAGUUACAACGACAAUUAAUGUGGAACUCUUUUUUACCAUCCGAAAGUUCAAACUUACCCCUUCACGACGCGCUUUCCGUCCAGCAUAGCCAUCUGCUGGAACGGAGCUUUACAGUUCGCUUCCGUUGUCUUUUGGACAACACUUCCGGGUUCUUGAGAUUAGACAUCAGGGGGAGGGUGAAGGUCCUGCACGGCCAGAAUAAAAAGGCAGAGGAGCCUCCGCUGGCCCUCUUCGCGCUCUGCACGCCUUUCGGACCCCCUUCGCUGCUGGAAGUCCCGCAGAAGGAAGUAAUGUUCAAGAGCAAGCACAAACUCGACUUUGCGCUUGUUUCCAUGGACCAGAGAGGGAAGAUGCUUCUGGGGUACACCGACGCGGAACUUACGAAUUUAGGCGGCUAUGACUUGGUGCACUAUGACGACCUGGCUUACGUCGCGAGUGCUCAUCAAGAACUUCUGAAAACUGGAGCGUCGGGGAUGAUCGCGUACAGGUACCAGAUGAAAGAUGGCGGCUGGCAAUGGUUACAGACGAGCUCUCGCUUGGUCUAUAAAAAUUCUAAGCCGGACUUUGUGAUCAGCACCCACCGGCCUUUAAUGGAGGAGGAAGGCCGCGAUCUUCUAGGAAAACGUACGAUGGACUUCAAAGUGAGUUAUCUAGACGCGGGGCUGACCAACAGCUACUUUUCAGACAACGACAGCCUGACAGGGCCAUCAAUGACCCCGACAUUACCAGCGCAGCCGACGCCUCAGCGAGUGAACCGGCGAUACAAAACCCAGCUUCGUGACUUCCUGUCGACGUGUCGCAGCAAGAGAACCAAGCUGGCCAAUCAAUCGUCGAGUUCUCCGCCUUCGACGCCGACAGUGGCCUCGGUGGACUACUUGGCAGCGGACACCAGCGCAGCAGCAGCGGUGGCAGCGGCGUACAGCAACCUGAACACGAUCUACCCGACGCCGUACGCGCCGAGCGCAGUCGCGGCUUCGAGCGACCCUUCGCUGACAACUUACAUCGGUCACACGGGCAACUACCACCAGACUCUGUACCCGGCUUCCGCGCUGGACAACCGCUACCUCACCACGGAGAACCUCUUCCAGUACCGGCCGCUGGGGUCCUACUACCCGGACUACCACUCGACGACGGCCUACAACGGCUUCAUCGACGUCUCGCUGCCCACUUAUGACACCCACCAGCUGGCGGGCAGCAAGGCCGAGGAGAGACUCUACUGCCAGCAGCUGGAGAGCCCCAAGUACGGCUACGUCGACAGCUCCGCGAGGCACCCCAACAACUCGCCCUACGCGGCCAGCCCGGUCACCAGCGCCUCCAACAUCCACCAGAACCCCGAGAUCAACAUGGGAGUGGGCAGAGCGGGCAGCAGGCACUCGCUAGAAGGCGCUUCCUCCAGCAACUCCGCUGGAAGCUCUCCCGUCAUCGCUGCUAAUGGAGUCAGAACUCCCAAGAUGGAAGACGUCAAGCCCGACGUCUACGGCAGCGAAGCUCCCAGGCAGACUGUCCUCAUGUGGGGCCCGCCGCCCAGGUCCCCGCCGAAGAACAACGGGAGCUACAGUCCUCCCACCCCACAUUCCACCCACUCGUCUCACUCCAACACCAAUGUCAAUGUCAACAGCGACCCUCUCAAAUCCCUGGCAGAGAUGAACUCCCUCAACGGCGACUGCAAGUGGAAGACCUCCCCCAACGGCGGACAAGCCAGUCCGCCGAGGAAAAAUCAUCACCAGAACCAGAACCAGGCUGCCCAGAAUCAAGGACAGUAUCCGGUUACUAGUCACAGUCACUACGGCGGAUACGCGCAUCAUCAGGGACAUCAUGGGGACACCGGCGAGGUAUGGCAAGGAGUUCAGCACCACCACUACCAGUACUAUCCCUACCACCAUCACCACCCCGCACCACCAAGACACACGCCCCAGUUACAGCACGUCACCAUCGUCAGCGGGAACGGGGACGGACUUGGCCGGCUCGGGCAUGGACAUACCCCAGGAGCACAGCAACACUACCAUCAGCAACUCAUUAUAUCAUCAGUCGCAUCACGCAGCCUCCUCGGUUGCCUCAAUAGUGCCAGCUGCCUCUCAGAUACCAAACCGGACGCCGGGAGUCCUCUGUUGUCCAUCUCUGAGGUGACCAACACCCUGCUCAACCAGUAGAAAAUCAACCAGACCCUUUUCUCACCAGUUCACUCUAAAAACUCAAUUUUAAUUAUAAAUAUAAAUUAUAAAUAUAUUAAAUAAUUAAUAAA